UGCACGCUCCCUCCCCGCAGGACAGACAGAGCUCGCUCAGACAGCUCCCCGGGAGGAUGAGCCAGCCCUGCGGCAGCUGAGAGCUGGGAGAGGCCGCCUGCUGGGGUCCGCUUAUCUGGGGGUUUCUCCGCUGUUUGCACGCUGUGGAGGGCAGCCGGGGAUCCCAUGCAAUGUGAGUGAGCUAUGCAUUUUGGAAAUGGCCAGGCUGCAACCCAGGGAAAAGAUGGCGCCUCCCCCCCUGUGCUCUGCCCCCUCUUCCUUCUCUCUGCUGGGCUCCUUCUGGGGCUCGGAUCGGGGGCAGCCUCUGGAUGGUGCCAGCCCUGCCCGGACAACUGCACGUGUGACCCUGGCUCCUGCCUGGUGAACUGCUCUGCCCUGGGACUGCUGCAAGCGGUUAGUGCCCCAACUAAUGCCAGCCUGCUAGACCUGUCCAAUAACAGUAUCAUUACCUUGGAUAAAGGGCUGUUUGAACCAUUACUUCUGCAAGAAUUAGACCUAAGUGAAAAUCCUUGGCUGUGUGACUGUCGUCUCGCAUGGCUCCCUCUUUGGGCCAAAGAACAAAAUGUCACAAUUCUAAAGCCGGACUCUACACUUUGUGACCAGCCAUCCAUAGUGUCUGGACAACCCUUAUUCAAUGUGUCCUUUGCGUUGUCUUCUUGCGGAGCCGAUUUUAUCUCUUGCCCACAGAACCCUUCAAGUAGCAAUGAAUCUGUGCUGGUUUUCAAACCCAUUGACUUGCCUCAGCCCAAUAAUGAAUCCUGCAGCGCUCUGUGCUUUGUGGAACUGUAUACUCAUGGAGCUCUGGACUCACGGCAAGGGUGCCUAUGUGGUAAACCACUCCAGAGCAGAACAUUGUCUCUUUGUCAAGAUGUGUGUGGGACACCAUCCCUUCUCUCUAGCUGUGGCCUGACCGUCGUUCAUGAUGUGUUCACCUCUCAGCUUUCACUCACUAUUCAUAUGCCCAAACGGGUCUACACCCUUGGAGAAGCUCUGGAGCUGGAAGCCAGAGCUCCCAUUCCCAUCACAUCAUUACUUUGGGACUUGGGUAACCAGAUAGUGAAUGGUACGAUGAAUAUGACUCACAGGUAUGCCAAGCCGGGCUCGUAUAACGUCACUGUAACACUGCUUGUGGGAAGCAGAAAUGUAGUCGAUCACGCCGAAGUGAGUGUGGUGGGAUUGCCGGAGGAAGUGCAGAUAUCAUGCCCCUCAGUUGUGAGAACCCAGGAGAGUCUAAACAUCACUGUGUCAAUGAGGGGUGGAACCUGUGUCGAUGUUGGAUACAAAGUAAUUUCUGAGCGUGGUGAGGCAGUCUCCCCUGAAUGUCCGGAUGGUAGUAUACUUUUUCCAAAUAAUUCACAUUGCUAUCAGCUGGUAUCUGAGAAAGCUGGGUGGUACGAGGCACAGAGGACCUGCAAGGAGAGAGGGAACGGAGAUCUGGUGAUUGUGAAUGUUUCCCGCUUACAAGACUUCCUAAAGGCUCAUAUUAUCAGUGGCCUAGAGGUCUGGAUUGGCUUCAAGAAUUCCAGCAGCGAUGAGGCUCUUGAUCUGAAAAACUGCCAAAACCAUCUCCCGGGGGAACCAGAGCCGUCACAGGCUGAUCGUUGUGUGAGGAUGGGGCCCUCGGGUGUCUGUAACAUUGACCUGUGUAGUGCCAAACACAGCUAUGUGUGUGAAUACAAGCCAUCAGUUAUUCCUCUCUCGGCUCAAUACUUUGUGGUAGGAUCACCAGUUUUUGACACCAAAUGGCCUUUGAAAUCCCUGACAAGAACAGAAAGCGUGAUGUCUCCUAAUGGUGGUGUUAAGCUACUUGCUUUCCAUGGAUUGCGGUUUACACAGGCCGUCUACCUGUCUGCGCUGGAGUUUGUUACUCAAGAUUUGCAGAGACCGAUCCAGAUGCGGUUUCAGGUGUUCGCAAAGGAAGAGGAGCAAAAUGAGGUGCCAAAGAAUCGGACUUCCUUGCCUGUCAAUCUUUCUGACAAUGAGACUGUUCUGGACUGUGAUGAUGGUAUAGAUUGGUCGAAUUAUACUAACAGCAGCCUUCCGGAGGCGAGUGGGUGCCUCCCCAAUAAUGAAACUUUAGAAGCAACAACCUUAUCUCCUCUGUCCAAUCAGAGCCAUUACAGCUUUUCCUUACUGACAGAAUCUCUCUUUGUUGUCCAACCUGGGAGCCCAGCGCAUUAUUUGGCACUUUUCGAAGAUGUACGAAUUCUUGUUCAACCUGAUCACCUCCUCCUCAUCCAGCACGAUUACCCUGAUGAGGAUCUACUCUCUUGCAGUUCUUUCGAUCUAUGUUGCAAUGUUCUCCAACAUCCUGAUUGGACGUCUUCCGUCCCAGAAAGUAUUCUGAAUGGUGUCUGGAGCAAUCAAACAUCUGAAGGUGAUUCAAGCAAAGAAAACCAGGAGAGCUGCACGUUCUGCUCAGUCAGAGUCGUUGGCACCACUGAAGAAACUUCUCCUCUGUUUAUCCAAACCACAAAUUUUGGUUUGAAGACUCCUGGACAACAUACCGUGACGGCACAUUUUAGUAACCGGCUAUUUAAAGCUGAGAGAUCUUGUAGCAUUUCUGUAGUGUCACCCAUUUCAGGUUUAAGUGUGAUCUACCCGCCACCGCAGGAGGGUAUAAUUUAUAUACCCACUGAUAACACUGUCCUGAUCCUUAAAAUCCUUUCGGGAUCAAAUGCCACGGCUUCAUGGGUUGGUGGUAAUCAGAGUUGGGGUUUUCAACGGACAUGUCCUCCAGCUGUUGCUGCUCUGACUUCAAAGUGUGCAGAGGGAGAAGAUGUUUGGUUCUCAGAGAUGCGCUUGGAUGGGCUCGAUAGGGGAGUUGUGGAUGUUCUUAUUGUAGUGCAGAAUGCCAUUAAUUGGCAGAACAUAACCGUCCCGGUGAAAAUGGAAGAGCCUAUCAGAGGACUGGCAGCUAAUCCUUUCCCCCAGCCAAGAGUUUUACUCAACACAGUUGUGAACUAUGUGGCAUCAGUAGAGGCUGGUUCAGAUAUUGUCUUCAAAUGGAUGGUAGACGACACAGCCUCGUUCACGUACUACGAUGCGGUCUUCAAUGUUCUCUACCGCAACGCUGAUGCAUACAAGCUCACGCUUCAAGCCUCAAACCAUGUGAGCAAUGCCUCAGUGAAUUACAAAGUCACCGCAGAAAAGAUGAACCCAAUGCAUGACCUACAAAUCGGAAUCGGGGGAUCCCUGGAAGUGGCUACUCAGAAUUCCACUCUAGAACUGUCGGCAAGUAUUCUCGUGGACUCUGCAGUGGGAGCUACUUUUAGCUGGUCUUUUGGAGAUGGCAAUACUACAAAGCAAGAGUACCAUUUCAAACCACCUUAUAACGAGUCCUUCGCCAUCCCAAAUCCUUCGAUCUAUCAGGUAUUAAUUGAGAAUAAUGUCACUCACAUCUAUGAGGAACCAGGAAUGUACAAUAUAACCGUAUCAGUAUUCAAUAAGUAUGAAAAUUUAUCUAUGGUGGUUCCCCUGCAAGUUCAAAGCUUUCUGACUGACUUAUAUAUUGAAAGUAAUACAGAUGUCUUAGUCAUCGGGAGCCCUAACAUUUUUGAAGCCAAGGUUGAGCCAUCCGAGUUUGGGGUCUCAUACACCUGGGAUUUUGAUGAUGGGUCGCUUCAGAUCAUCAGCAACGAAACUACAUUGAACCACACCUUUCACAGUUUUGGCAUUUUCAAUGUCACCUUGACAGCGACUAACAAAAUCAAUGAAAUUAACAUUACCAAGGCCUUCACUGUCUAUGAAGAGAUCACUGGUUUGGUGGUCUCCUCAGAUGAGCCAACAGAGAGAGAUUUGCAGACAUUUAUCAAUGCCUCGGUAGAAACAGGAGACCAUGUCACUUGGAAUUUCAGCAUGGGGGAUGGCAUUCUGUUUUUGUCCAAAGAGCCCAUGGUUAACUAUACAUAUUCAAAAGAUGGAAACUACACAGUCACUGUCACAGCCAGUAACCCAGUGAGUACCAUAUCCGAGUCCAUACAGGUCAGAGUGUAUGUAUUGCAGGUUUUAAUGAUUCAACCAUCCAGCUGUAUCCUGGAAAACCCAAAUGUAACGCUAACAGCCUAUGUUACCGGAGAUUAUGAACGUUAUACAUACAACUGGACAUUUGGCAAUGGGUCUUCCGUCAUCUCUGUUUAUGGUGUUCCAACAGUGGAGUAUAACUUCUCAACGAGUGGCAUAUACCCACUUUCCCUCGUUCUUUCCAGCCAAGGGAACAAGGCCUACUAUUACACAAAUAUAUGUGUAGAGCCUGAAAUUCUUAAUGUUACCCUCUUACUAGAUGAUCAGUAUGUAACUCUUGGCCUGGAGACCAACUUCACAGUCAUGGUAUUUCCUUUUUUCAAUUAUCGAUACACAUGGGAUUUUGGGACCAAUGGUUCUAAACUCAACAGUGUGACAGAAGUUAGUGCUUAUGCUUAUACGUACAAACUCCCAGGCAUGUACCUAAUUACCGUAUCUGUGUUCAAUAACGUGUCCUCCAACAAUGAUACUGCCUUUGUGUAUGUCCAAGAACCAGUUGGCCCAAUCAAAAUUGAAUACAACGCAACAAAUAUAAAUGUUUUAGAACUUGACCAGGUGUACCUGUUUAAAGCUGUAGGGAAUGGCACAAAUGUGACUUACAGCUGGGACUUUGGAGAUGGCAACAUUCAGUCUGGACAAACAACAAUCCAAUCCUACAACAGCACUGGAAACUUUCCGAUCAGCCUACAUAGUGAGAAUAAAGUAAGCAAGGGUAUGGCCAAUCUUAAUAUUACUGUCAAGACCAGGAUACAAGGCCUAAGUAUGAAUGCUACCAGGACUGUAGUGCCAUUAAAUGGCUCAGUAACUUUCUCUGCCUUUCUUCUAUCAGGUGAUGAUGUAAGUUACUCAUGGAUACUUUGUGACCGCUGUUCUCCAAUAUUUUGCAAUUCCACAAUCUCUUACACAUUCCGCUCAGUCGGCACAUUUAACGUUAUUGUGACUGCGGUAAACGACAUAAACUCUCUGCAAGACAGUAUCAUUAUCUAUGUCUUGCAAAUGAUUGAAGGUCUUCAGAUUGUCCCAUCUGACUUGGUUAAUGAUUGUUGCUUCCCAACCAAUAAGAGCCUUCCACUCCAGGCUACCGUGACUGACGGCAGCAAUAUCUCCUACAGCUGGUUGGUCUUGAAGAAUGACAGUGUCAUCCACAGUGGAUCUGGGAAGACAUAUCAAUUUAUGAGUAUAAAAGCAGAAACUUAUACCAUCAUUUUGAAGGCUUCCAACAUGCUGGGAAGCACAAAUGUUAGCAGGAAUAUAACAUUUAUAGAACAUCUGGGCCAGCUUAAACUCAUAGCAUUUCCCAACCCUGUAGCUGUUAAUGCUUCUGUCAACAUAAGUAUGAGUUUGAGCAGUGGAUCUGGAGUGACCUACACGUGGUACCUUGAAGAGAAAGCAGUUUGGUUCACAUACAAAUCGUUUGUACUUUAUAAAUUCUUAACCCCUAAUCCAAAGGAAGUGUUCGCAGUUGCCAACAAUACCUUAGGUUCCGUCAACUCAACAAUCACUGUGUUUGUCCAAGAGCCAGUGGAAGAGUUAUCCAUAACAACUAUUGAUCACAAAGGUGACCAUGUUCCCACAGGGACAAUAAUGUGUCUUAUUGGGAGUGUUCAGAGAGGUUCAAAUGUAUCAUGGUCUUGGAGGCUUCCUGAUGGCAUCAGGGAAGGAAAAAUGCAGACUGUACAUUUUUAUCAAGCUGGCAUGUUCACUAUAAGUCUUAAUGCAUCAAACGAUGUGAGCUGGGAAACCAUUGGUAGAAACAUCACAGUACAAGACAAGAUUGAAGGCCUGAAAUUACUGGUGAGCAAAAUGGUGGUGGAGCCUGGUGAAACGGUAACUUUUACAAUUGUCUUGUCAGCUGGUACCUCUGUCAGCUACAAUCUGACAAUAAACGGGGAAUUAAACAUCCGGCUAAAUAGCACUACUUACAUCCAUGAAUUCACAAAAAUUAGUGGUUACGCUGUGACUGUGGUGGCCAGCAACCAGGUCAGUGAGAAAUGUGCAACCGUGAUGAUCAAUGUCCUUGAAGCAAUACAAAAUUUAAAAAUUGUAAAUUGCUGUGAAGAAGCUAUGCCAGCAAGGAUUGAGAAAAAUUUCAUAGCAGAGGUCAGUAAUGGAUCGUUGGUCGCCUACACUUGGCAGUUUGAUUUACAAGGUCAGUCUACAGUUAGUUUGGCAGGCAGGAAUGUUUCCUACACACCAGUUGCUGCAGGUCUUCUGAAAAUCCACCUGAGUGCUUCAAAUGACUUGGGGAGUCAGAACAUCACAAAAAUUAUUAGAGUUCAAGAGAUGAUUGUAGGGCUUUAUCUGAAACCAGUAAGUGCAUAUGUUAACAGAAGUGUCACCUUUGAAGCCACUGUGAAGCCAAGUCCUUCAGAUGUUAUCUUGCAUUGGAUGUUUGGAGACAAUUCUCCUGUUCUGGUGACCUAUACAACAUCUACUGAUCAUUCCUAUCAAGCGCCAGGAGAUUAUCUUGUGGAGGUUAAUGCAUCCAAUGCAAUCAGCUUUUGGAGUACUAAAAUGACGGUCACCACUCGUGUCUUAGAGUGUGAGGAACCUGUAGUACAGCUUGCCCUGCCAUCUCAAGUCAUCAUGAAGAGGUCCCAGAGGAAUUAUAUUGAGGCUGAGAUUAACCUGCGUGGAUGCAUCAGCUACCAAACUGAACAUCUUUGGAUGAUAUACCGAACAUCAAGCUGCCUUCACUACCAAGAGUCUGACAAAGUUGACAUUCAAAAUGUUGAUGUAAGCAGGCCACAGUUGGUAAUCCCCAAGCUGGCACUAGACAUUGGAGACUACUGUUUUGUGUUUUCUGUGUCUUUUGGUAGUACACCUCUAUCUAGAAGCAGCUUUGCCAAUGUAACCAUGGCACCAAGCAAACUUGUGCCCAUAAUUGAUGGUGGAUCUUACCGUGUUUGGUCCAAUAGCCGGGAUCUCAUUUUGGAUGGAGAAAAGUCAUAUGACCCAAACCUGGAGGAAAAUGUGCAAACACCACUGAAGUAUAAAUGGACUUGCACCAAGAACUCCGUGUCCACUGGCUACUGCUCUAACUUUGCUCCAGAAUCUGGUAUAGUGACCAUCCCUAAAUCUGUACUCCAAGCCGGAGUGGAAUAUACUUUUUAUCUGAGUAUCAGUAAAUCGGGGCGGCCUCCUGAAUCUACUAAUCAAACGGUAUUGAUAAAAAAGGGAAGUGUACCGAUUGUGUCUCUGAAGUGCGUGUCGUGCAAAGCGCAGUCGGUGUACGAGGUCAGCGCCAGUUCAUACGUUUAUCUGGAAGGAAGCUGCAGUAAUUGUCUGGAUGACUCCAGGUCCGGGAGAUGGACGGCUCAGAGCUUUGGGAACAAGUCUCUCACUUUGGAUUUGAGCACUACAACGACCGGAGACCGUGAAAUGAACUUAGUGCUGAGGCAGGGAGCACUAAAGGAUGGGGAGGGCUACACGUUUACUCUUCACGUCAGCGACCCCACCAUGGAGGAAGAAGGAUUCGCGUCCAUAGACCUUCUUCCCAACAGACCUCCAUUUGGUGGCAGUUGUAGAAUCUUCCCGAAUGAGACCAUUCAUGCCCUGUCCACCAAGAUCCAGUUUGACUGCACAGGAUGGAGAGAUACAGAGGACGUGGGAGCGUCCCUAGUGUUCAGUCUUUUAGUGACACGUUGCCGCACCGCACACUGUGACGAGUUCUGGGUGUAUAAAGGCAGUAAAUCGGAGCACACCACCUUCCUGCCUGUCGGUUUCUAUAAGUCAAACUUCACCGUAUACAUAUCCGUGUUGGUGCAAGAUCAGCAAGGAGCAGCAGCUAUAGCCUUGAACCAGACUCAGAUUGUCAGAAUGCCCGAAGUCCCUGAUGGUUUCCCCAGCCUCGCUCACUGGCUACAUAACCUCACAGAGACCACCCUGCACGGCUUAAUGAAGCAGGGAGACCCUCAGCACGUGACAGAGUAUUCACUGGCCCUCAUUACUGUCGUCAAUGAGCAUGAAGCAAUGAUGAGUGAAAACGGGGAACAAAUUGAGCCAGACCUGGGCCUCGUGAGAAGGAACAUCACAGACACUUUAAUAGCACUGAAAGUGAACACUGUGGAUGAUAUACGGCAAAUCUCAGCUGCGUUGGCGCAGUGUACGGUGGUCAGCAACGAGCGAACCUGUGCAGCUUGUCAGCGUAAAACUCUGGACAAGUUAGAAGAUAUGAUGUCCAUCUUGCAGAAUGAGACCACUCAAGGGAUGAUGACACCUACCACAAUCGCAGACAACAUCCUUAAUAUCAUGGGAGAUGUCAUUCAUUUGGUAAACACCAGGCCGCCUAACUAUAAAGAAGGGAAGCUGUGUGGUGGUCUUAACAACCCAGCAGUGGCAUCCAAAGCCUAUAAUCUUUCUUCUGAUCUGAUGAGGAUCCUUAUGAAAUCACGGGUGUUGAACGAGGAGCCUCUUACCUUGCAAGGAGGGGAGAUCCUAGCUUGGGGCAAACGGUCUGACCCUUUCAACUUGCUCUGCUACAGUAACAGAACAGGCUGCCAGUUCUUCAUCCCACAGAGCUUCAAUAGCACCUUCAGCGACCAGACAGACAUCAUCCAGGUUAUGUUCCAGGUGGACUCCAACCCCUACCCUUUUGGUUUCAUUAGUAACUACACCGUGUCUACGAAAGUGGCAUCCAUGGCGUUCCAGACCAGCAAUGGGAGCCAGAUCAUUGUAGAAAGUUUGGAUUCGGAAAAGGCCAUUACAGUCAGUGUGGCAAAUAACACUGGAGUGGGCAAUAUCACAGCUGGGGUGACUUUGGUCGAAAGCCGACGUUCCGUGAAGGUGGAAUUAGAGGCUGAAAGCAGUAAUUGGAAUGCAGGGCUGCACCUACAGGUUACCUACGAUGUGAAGGAUAGCCGGUACAUAAGCAGUGAACCUGAAGCGUACAUCACUGUCUACCUCCAUGAAUCUGGUCACCCUGACCAGAAUAACUACACCGACAUGAGGCAGAUUGGGAUGAACGCCAAUGCAAGCUCGGAUCAUAAGACCUACACGUUCUUCAUUCCCCCCACUGUUGGCAACCUGACCAGACACUACUUCCUAAACAUCACUAACCAUUUCACGUGGUCGCCGGUGGAAGUUACGUUGGGUUUGUACACCUCGCUGUGCCAAUACUUUGAUGAGAAUGAGAUGAAGUGGAAGACAGAGGGAGUUGUACCACUGGAGGACACACGUCCGGACCGAGCGGUGUGUCUUACCCAACAUCUUACGGCUUUUGGUGCUAGCUUGUUUGUCCCGCGACAUUCUGUCCACUUUAUCCACCCACCUGCUCCUCCUGGUCUAAAUUACAUAGUGCUUCUCACCUGCGCAGUUUGCUUUGUCACCUACUGCAUUUCCACCAUUAUUGUCCACAAACUGGAUCUUCUCGAUGUAAACAAGGCUGGAGUCAUUCCAUUCUGUGGGAAGUCUGGAUUCUACAAAUACGAGCUCCUGGUGAAGACAGGGUGGGGUCGAGGAUCUGGUACUACUGCCCAUGUCGGUAUUAGCUUAUACGGGGUGGAUAACAAAAGUGGCCAUAGACAUCUUGAUGGAGAAAACACCUUCCAUAGAAACAGUGUGGACAUCUUUCAGAUUGCCACCGAGAAGAGCUUGGGCAAUGUGUGGAAAAUCCGACUGUGGCACGACAACAAAGGUCUUAGUCCAUCCUGGUAUGUCCAGCAUGUCAUUAUUCGUGAUCUCCAGAACAACAAGAACUUCUUCUUUUUGGUGAAUGACUGGUUGUCAGUAGGUCAGGAGGACAGUGGCCGCAGGGUCGAAAGAGAAAUUUUUGCCGCCAGUGAGACUGAGCUUAAAAGGUUUUCUCGAAUCUUCACGGCUGAGUUGCAGCGUGGCAUUUCUGAGAAACACGUCUGGCUCUCUAUGUGGGACCGCCCCCCGCGCAGUCGUUUUACACGUGUUCAGAGGGCCACGUGCUGUGCUCUGCUCAUUUUCCUCUUUCUCUGUUCAAAUUCUGUGUGGUACGGAGUAGUAAGAGACAAAAAUUAUGGGGAUGGCCCUGUAUCAAAUUAUGUCCCAUUCAAUGGGGAUUCCGUGGCUGCAGGGAUGGUGACCAGCAUUGUGGUAUAUCCUAUCUAUAUUGUCAUUCUUUUCCUGUUCAGACGGGCUCGUAGCAAGACCUGUGUCAAGCAGUCCCUCUCGUUCUUCGACCAGCAGUCUCUGGAAAUUGAUAAUUACUUGGAUACGGUGGUGAUGGAAAGCUCCUUUAUUACUUACACAGGAAUCCACGGUGAGGCAUUUUCUGACCAAACAAAAACAGACAUACCUUUGGAUGACACAAAAAGUUUCAUUCAGUGGAAUUCCAAUGAUGGAGUUCUCAGCUGGCCGGACCUUCUCAGUGAUCCUUCCAUCAUGGGUAAUACCAUUCAGAAGCUUGAGAGACGUCGCACCUGCCGCCACAUUGGGAUCGAUGGCAGCUCCCAUCCCAGCGAGGAGGAUAGGAGUGUUGUUGUUGGUCUUCCCCAAACACUGGGCCGACCCUUUGUAGCAUCAGAUGGAGCCAGCAGCAUGUCUCUUCCAAGAGAGAUCAGAAGGAUUUCCAGGACUGAGACGGAUCUUUUGUCCGAUUUAUCCAAUCCCUUUGGGGAUAAAACUGAGACUAUCAUGUUGGAGAAGCUGAAUGAGAAGGGCCAAGUGAUGACAUCUCCUGCCAUGGAAGUGACAAGAUCUACAAAGUCACCACGGACAGUUAUAACCGACGCGUUUCAGAGACGCAGGCAGAUGCUACCCUCGUGGUGUGCACGUGUCGCUCAUGUGCUCAGCUGUGUCCUCCUCCUUUGUUGCUUUGCGGUGUCUGUCUGGAUUGGUGUUGGCUUCACAUCCAGUGUGGGUCUAAUGUGGCUGAUCUCUGGUAUAUUUAGUUUCCUCUGCUCCUUCUUUAUCCUGGAGCCACUGAAGGUUCUACUUGAGGGCCUGUACUUUGCUCUUAUUGUAAAGCGCCUGCACCCUGAGGAAGAGGAUACAUUGGUGGAAUGCCCUUUGGUGGAGAAGAUCUCUGAACGAAUCACCAAAGUACGACCCCCACAGGGAUUUGCUCUUUUUCAGGCCAGAGAAGAGGCACGGAAAGUGAAACUGCUACACAGAAUGUUAAAGAACCUUGUAGUCUACAUGCUGUUCUUUCUGGUUAUUCUUCUCACCAACUAUGGAGACUCAUCUAGAACCCCAGGAGCUUACUUGCUGCAGCGCUCUGUGAAGCAGGAGCUUGGUGUCCAGAGAUUCCUGCAGAUUAAGAGAUCCGAUGAGUUUUGGAACUGGGCGUCUGAUGUUUUGCUGCCUUACCUGCACAAAAACCAGCUGCUCGGAUCUGCUAGGCUGCGCCAGAUCCGGUUUCGGCAAGCGGUAUGUGGUGAUUCCCUAUCACUCACCAGCAGAACCUGUGCAGAGCCACCUCUGCUUGAUGCAAGCAAUGAUGUGGGUUGGAUCCAGAACACUGUCAACCAAUCCUACGCUUGGAAACACUCCUUACCGGAUGUUACCGGUGACUGGUAUUGGGGCUCGCUCUACAUGUAUGAUAAUUCUGGGUAUAAUCAGAUGCUUGGAAGCAGCUUGGAGCAAGAUAAGGCUGUCCUGGGACAUCUCCAGCAGAACCACUGGAUAGACGGCCUAACGAGGGCAUUAUUUGUCGAAUUCUCCCUUUAUAGUCCUGGAGUUAACUUGUAUUCCUCGGUCACGCUUCUUCUUGAGUUCCCAUUGGCUGGCAAGACCCUCCCAUCCACAGAGAUCAGGGCAUUUCCUCUUCUGCAUCUUAGUGGUGACACCCACCUUCUGCUCACUAUGAUGGUAUUCCUGAUGAUGUUUGUGGUGUACUUUGUCCUUUCGGAGUGCCUUGCGAUCAGGAAGGAGGGACGCUCAUAUUUUACCCAUUUCUGGAACUACAUGCAGUGGUUGAUGACAGUCCUCGCUGUCUGCACUGUGGUCGUUUAUCUGAGUCAGGCAAGCCUGGCGGAGCAGCAGUGGAAUAGAUACCUGAAAAACAAAACCGCGUUUAUCAGCCUCCACCAAGUAGCUUUCCUGGGGAAUACAUUCCAUGGACUGUCUGCUUCCCUGCUGUUUGUUCUUACUGUGAAGGCUGCUCAACAGCUGCGUUUCAUCCGAGAAUGGUCAAUAUUUGGGAAGACGAUAAGCAAAUCUGCAAUGGAGCUGUGUGCCGCAUCCGGCGCUGUUCUUGGGUUGUUGCUGGUAUACACCCAGGUCGGCUUCUUGCUAUUUUCUUCAUCCUGGGAGAACUUCCGCAGCUUUGGAUCCAGCUUGACCACGCUGCUUGCAAUGACUCGGGGAUGUAUCAGUCUGAAGGCCCCCUUCCCAAACUUCUCCUUUGUGCCUCGACUCUUCUCCCUGAGCUACAUGAUCUUAGAGAUAUGGAUUCUAAUGCGGCUCUUUGCAUCCGUUCUGAUCAACAAUUACAGCCUUGUGCGUCUAGAGCUAUUCCGCCCAGCUUUUGAACUUCAGGACUACGAGAUGGUGGAACUCUUCCUCAGGAGACUGCGGAUAUGGAUGGGAGUCAGCAAAGUGAAAGAGUUCCGUCACAAAGUUCGAUUUGAAGGCAUGGAGCCACUUCCUUCACGCUCUUCCAGUGAUUCAAAGUCUCUGCGAUUGCCCACCCCAAGUGCUGCAUCUGACACUUCAUCAUCAUCUUCCUUCUCCACCCUUUCCAGCCAGCUGGACACCCUGAGUGCUGGAAGCUCCAGAGAGAGAAUAGAAGCAGACUCAAACAUCCAGAGACUUUUGCCAGUGCUAGAUACCCUGUUGUCACAAUUUGACUUGGUCAACCAUGCAACAGAGGAGGUAUAUCGCAUAGAGUGCAGCCUGGAGGAUGUACAGAGAAAGAGUGCCCAGACCAGACGCAGUGGAGAUCAUCCAUUGCACAAAACCAGUUCCAGUGGUCAACGCCACCUCUUAACAGGUGCAAAGAUAAAAAAGUCUGAUGCAAGCCGUCAGGUUUCAAAGAGUUCCAUGGAGGUUGUGAGACAACCCUUGCCCCCACAACAACUAGUUGAGAAUGCACUGGCAAAUAAGUUAAUUUCAUUGGAGAAGGUGAAGAUGGGUGAAGAGCCGGCAUUGAUCCCCAUGCAGAUAACCUAUGCUGCUCAGCAAAAGAAAAGGAAGUCAAUGCGUGCCCAUAACAGAGUGCAUCCCAGUGUUAGUUAGCAGGCAGACUCAUGCUUGCAAGAUAUUGCUUCAUAACACCACUUAUUCUUGGUGAUGGAUCCAGUGACUAGGAGAUCCUUCUCACAUCUUCACCUGCCAUGAGCUAGUAUGAUCUCCUGGCCAGAUUGUUGGUCAGUCAUCUAGAAAGCUGAAUAUUGAGUCCUUUCUAGAAUCUCGAAUUGUGAAGUUGAAUCUCUGCGCGAGACAUGCAAUGACAUACAACAGCUAGUUGAUAUUCUGAAAGGUAUUAUUUUUUGUCUGUGUGUUUCCUUGUCCAAGCACCAAAGUAACCAACCAGAGUAAAUCUCAGUCUUUUUCUGUCUUUGAGCCCUGGUGGCUCUUAAGAUUUAAUACUCUCCUGUUUAAAAGCCCUGGUGGCCUUAAAGCUUAAAUAUAACCCAAUGGCAAGCCCUGGUGGCUUGUAAGGUGUUAAUGAACUUCUUUCAUAGUCCAGGUGACUAGUUGUUUCUCCUUAAGCCCUGGUGGCUUGGUCUAUAUUCUUCGCAAUGUUGACACAUAGACAGCUGGCUGUUCUAGUUUCUGUCUAGAUUCUAAAUGUGUUUAUGGAUUGGAUCUGGUUCAACAUGGACACCUUUUACAGUGUUAAAGGACAUACAAGGCCUUUCAGUUUCUAUCAGUCUUCCAGAGAUGCUUCUUGCAAAAAAAUUUUGGUGCUUACAAAUGGAACCAGAGCAUUGAGAAGUACCUGCUGUUCAGUCCUGGGGUGACUCUUCAAGCUACUUUUUCGAUGAUCUCUCUCCAAACUAUUCAGGGUGCUGCAAGAACUUCAGAAAUCUCUAUCACUGUAGUGAUACGGCAUGCUUUGUAAACAAAUGGAACCAACUCCCCAUCUGCCUCCCAAUUUUUUUUUCUAAUGAACAGACUUGGUUUCCAUAUGUGAUGGAACCCCAGACAUCACUGCACUUAAAGGAGCAAGUACAUAUUUGUGUCCCUAGUUUAAUAACGGGACUUGUUACGCCCAUGUCUUAUAUAUGCAUCUCUUUUAUUUUUAUGUAAAACAGUAAUAAUGUGCUUUACGUUAAGUGUGCCAAACAGUUGAAAAGGCUUUGUACUCAAUGUUUUCCAUUUCAGUUGACAGUUCUUCAGCAUUAGUAGAAAGCAAAAUGUUAAAUUAGCCUCUUCUUUUAAAACACAAAGAGAUAUAGAGAUAUAGAUAGAUGGGUACCUUGAAAAGCCUGUUUGUAUUGCCAAUGCAACCAUUUCCCCUCCCCCUAUUUGAGGGUUU